GGGAGUGCAGGAGCGGCCAAGCUGAACUCGCACAGCCCUUUCCUGCCUGUCUCCCUGAGGAUAACGGAUCUGUGUAUGUUAGGAGACGGAGGGCGGGGAUUCGCGAAAGGAAACUCCAAAAAAAAAAAGACCUGAAACUGAGGAAAAAAGUUUAAAGUAAGAUGGCUGCUGGGGCUGGGAUGAGACCGUGUGAGAGUUUAUUCGGGAUCCGUUGCACCGCUGCGGUAUGGUGAACUCCAGCAGGGUCAUACCUCAGACGCAGCCGGACAUGGAGGGUGAGGAGAAAAAGAGGAGGAAGAAGCGGGAUCUGGAGAGAAGGGCAGUGCCACAGGACAUGUUAGAGAUGGACACCCUGCCUAGGCAGGAACUACCCCUUGGCCCCAGCGCCAGGCCGCCCCCUGGGGGCGCCACUCCGUCCCCUCUGUCUUCGUGUUCCAGGCAGGCGUGGAGCAGGGACAAUCCUGGCUUUGACGCGGAGGAAGACGGUAUGGAGGAAGAAGAGGAUGGGGAGGACGGCAUGGUGGUGGAGAUGGAUGUGGAGUGGCAUCCUUCCGCAGGACCUGGCAGGAGGUCCGCAUCCCUGGUAUCGUCCAGCAGUGGGGGCAGCACCGGGAUGGUCGGGUAUCCCCAUCACCACCCAAACAGUAUGGGUGGCCAGGGUCCAAGGAGCCGCAGGAGGAGAGGGGAGCCGGGCAUCGCACCCGGCAGAGCCGGGAAUGGCCCUGAGCAGCCUCCGGCACCAGAGGGACCUGCCAGGAUCUUGUACUGCAUUAGGGGCCUUUGGUGCACGCGAUAUACAGAGGAUCGUAUAAGUUCAAGGGAAAAGUACCUAAAAAUUAUACUGCGUGAGCUGGUCACCUAUAUCGUGUUCCUGUUCAUUUUGUGUGUUUUGACCUAUGGGAUGGUGGCUUCAACCAUGUUUUACUAUACUAAAGCUAUGUCUCAGCUUUUCAUGGACACGCCAAUCUCAAACAAUGAGAGGACCACCUUCAAGAACCUACUGACUAUGGAAGAUUUCUGGAAGUUUACAGAAGGCCCUUUGCUAGAUGGUCUGUACUGGGAUACGUGGUACAAUAACAGAAGCAUUGGUGAAAAUCAAAGCUUCAUCUACUAUGAGAACAUGCUCUUAGGAGUACCCAGGCUUCGGCAGCUUAAAGUCAGGAACGGGACAUGUACUAUACCAGACGAUUUAAGGGAUGAAAUCAAGGACUGUUAUGAUAUGUAUUCUGUUGGAAAUGAAGACACGUCACCCUUUGGCCUCCGUAACGGUACUGCGUGGACGUACACCAACGAAAAGGACUUGAAUGGCAGCAGCCAGUGGGGUGUCUUCUCCUCGUACAGUGGGGCUGGAUAUUACUUAGACCUGUCAAGGACCAGGGAUGAAUCUGCUGUGCGGAUUAAAACACUCAAGAGGAAUCUUUGGCUGGAUCGAGGCACCAGAGCAGUGUUUAUUGAUUUUUCUGUCUACAAUGGAAACCUGAACCUUUUCUGUGUUGUAAAACUUCUAGCCGAGUUCCCAGCAACAGGAGGCGUGAUAACAUCCUGGCAGUUUCAGACUGUGAAGAUGAUCCACUAUGUUUCAUCAUUUGACUUUUUUUUGGCUGCCUGUGAAAUUGCGUUCUGCGUUUUUCUUCUAUAUUACGUGGUGGAAGAGUUCAUUGAGAUCCAUCUCCAUAGGCUGCAUUACUUCCGUAGUCUGUGGAACUGCAUAGAUAUUGUUAUUCUUGUGCUCUCGCUGACCGGAGUAGGAAUCAACUUGUACAGAAUGUCCUCUGUAGACCAACCACUAAGCCACCUUUUGGUGGACCAGAAUACAUUCCCUAACUUUGAGUCUCUGGCUUACUGGCAGAUUCAGUUCAACAACAUUGCAGCAGUUACUGUGUUCUUCGGAUGGUUGAAGCUGUUCAAGUUUGUUGACUUCAACAGAACCAUGACUCAGUUAUCAACAACCAUGUCUCGGUGCGCCAAAGAUAUCCUUGGUUUCUCCAUUAUGUUUUUUAUCGUCUUUCUUGCCUAUGCCCAGUUUGCAUACCUUGUAUUUGGCACUCAGGUUGAUGACUUCAGUACUUUCCAAGAUUGCAUCUUCACUCAGUUCCGCAUCAUUUUGGGCGAUUUUGACUUCGUUGAGCUUGAGGAAGCUAACAGAGUCCUGGGACCCAUUUACUUUACAUCGUUUGUGUUCUUUACAUUCUUCAUACUUUUGAACAUGUUUUUGGCAGUCAUCAAUGAUGCCUAUUCAGAAGUGAAAACAGACAUGUCACAGCAAAAAAAUGAAAUGGAGAUAACCGACCUAAUUAAAAAAGGUUGCAGUAAAGCCAUGGUGAAACUUAAACUGAAGAAAACCGCAGUGGAUGAUAUUUCCGAGAGCCUCCGUCAAGGGGGAGGGAAGCUGAACUUUGAUGAGCUACGCCAGGACCUGAAAGGAAAAGGCCACACAGACGCAGAAAUCGAGGCCAUAUUUGCUAAAUAUGACCAAGAUGGAGACCAGGAACUUACUGAACAUGAACAUCAGCAAAUGAGAGAUGAUUUGGAGAAGGAGAGGGAGGACCUGGAGUUAGACCGGGGCUCUUUGUCUCGUCCCAUGAGUGGCCGCAGCUUCCCUCGGAGUUUGGAUGACUCCGAAGAAGACGACGAUGAGGACAGUGGGCACAGUUCCCGCAGGAGAGGCAGCAGCUCCAGUGGCGUCUCCUAUGAAGAAUUCCAAGUUCUGGUGAGGAGAGUGGAUCGCAUGGAGCAUUCCAUUGGCAGCAUUGUGUCCAAAAUUGAUGCUGUGAUUGUCAAAUUGGAAGCCAUGGAAAGGGCAAAGUUGAAGCGGAGAGAUCUCUUGGGAAGGCUUCUUGAUGGAGUCACAGAGGAUGAGAGACUGGGCCGUGACACUGAAAUUCACAGAGAACAAAUGGAGAGACUGGUGAGGGAGGAGUUGGAGCGGUGGGAAUCGGAUGACGCGGCUUCCCAAAUGAGCCAACGCCUGGGCACACCCAGUGGAAUCAAUGCUCAGUCUCGCCCCAGGAGCUCACGUCCUUCCUCCUCACAGUCCACCGAGGGAGCGGAUGGAGGGGGUGGGGGUGCCGUUGCUGGAAACAGCCAGCUGUAACAAUGAAGAAUGCUAUGGGGGUCUGCAAACAUUAAGGUACGAUGCAGAUUUCUCCUUCACCAAUACAAAUUUGAAAGUCCGUCACAGCAUUGUAUAUCCUCUUACCCCAGUGAUUCACCGGCUCGUCGUUCAGAUCAUAACUUACAUCGAUGUUCAAGAGGACGGCAGCGAAAAUGUCUUUCUACUGCAGAUCAUGACCCGUUUUACAAAAGAAUGGAA